CCUCCUCAGCUUCAAAACCACCAACAGCAAUUGGCAUUCUCUUCUUCAUUUAUUGAGAUAGCACACGAGAAUUCUAGCCAGUCUUUGCUCUGUUCUUACUUUCUUCCGUAUUUCUCUUCUUUCAAGUAUCCUUACAUUUCACUUCGAGAAAAAAAGAGAAGAUGAACUGGUCGGGAGGAGACUGGCUUUGUGCAGCUUGCCAGCACCAGAACUUCAAGAAGCGGGAUGCGUGCCAACGAUGCGGAUACCCCAAGUUUGGUGGGCCAGACGUUUCGACCUACUUGUACAAUCGAACUGAAGUCUUGGCGGGUGAUUGGUAUUGCAUGGCUAUGAACUGUGGGUCCCACAACUAUGCCAGCAGGACGACCUGCUAUCGGUGCGGCGCUCUGAAGGACGAUUAUGGGAGUGCGUAUGGUGGCAAUAUGAUGGUCUCUGAGGGAGCUGCACCCGCGGGAUGGAAGAGCGGAGACUGGCUUUGUCCUAGAUAUGAUUGUGGAGUUCACAAUUACGCAAGCAGGACGGAAUGCUUUAAAUGCAAGACACCAAGGGAAUUUGGUGGUGCAAUGUAAUUACGAUGGACCAAUUGAAAACGAGAUUAACGUAAUCCAUCGGGUUUGGGAUAUGAAUGCCACAAUUUUUGCCUUCCCUCACUUCCAUAGGGAGCUUGAUGCUUUGUUAGUUUUCUGUUUCCCCCCUCGUUGGAUAUCCAUGGCAAAAUUGUAAUCCCGCAAGGGUCUCGAACUUUUUACCUUCAAAGGGCUAUCUUCAAUGUGCAAUCCAUCUGUUCUCUCUCUCAA